GAGCCACCGGGAGCUGCGGCAGGCGGGGGCAGGUCACGAGCCCCCGGGAGGCCGCGGCUGCGCGAGAGGCGCCAGGCCGGGCGAGGCGAGGCGAGGGUCUCCGUCAGGCCGCUUGUCGAAGCCUUGGCCCCGGCAGGGGCGGGCUGGCAGCGGCCUCAGCGCGCCCAACCGCCGCGGCCGCCUGAGCCGGGGCCUCGCGGAGGCGGGGUGGGGUCGUCCUCUGCCGAGCGCGGCUCCUGCCUUGCGCAGGCCUCGCUCAGCUGCGGUGGCCCGGCCAUGGCCUUCAGCAACUACAGCAGCCUGAACCGCGCGCAGCUCACCUUCGAGUACCUGCACACCAACUCAACCACUCAUGAAUUCUUGUUUGGUGCCCUUGCUGAGCUUGUGGAUAAUGCCAGAGAUGCUGAUGCCACAAGGAUAGAUAUUUAUACUGAAAAACGUGAAGAUUUGCGAGGAAGAUUCAUGCUUUGUUUUUUGGAUGAUGGAGCAGGAAUGGAUUCAAGUGAAGCUGCCAGUGUGAUUCAAUUUGGAAAAUCAGCCAAACGAUCACCUGAGUCUACUCAAAUUGGACAAUAUGGGAACGGCUUGAAAUCGGGUUCCAUGCGGAUUGGAAAGGAUUUUAUCUUGUUCACAAAGAAAGAUGGCACUAUGACUUGUCUCUUCCUCUCACGCACGUUUCAUGAGGAAGAAGGCAUUGAUGAGGUAAUUGUUCCUUUGCCCACCUGGAACACACGUACCCGGGAGCCUAUAACAGACAACAUGGAGAAAUUUGGAAUUGAGACAGAGCUUAUUUACAAGUAUUCCCCCUUCAAGUCGGAGCAAGAGGUGAUGGAGCAGUUUAAUAAGAUUCCAGGGGAAAAGGGGACCCUGGUGAUCAUUUUUAAUCUCAAACUAAUGGAUAAUGGGGAGCCAGAGUUGGAUGUGACUUCUGAUUCCAGAGAUAUUCAGAUGGCAGAAACAUCCCCAGAAGGAACGAAGCCAGAGCGUCGCUCCUUCCGUGCUUAUGCUGCUGUGCUGUACAUUGAUCCGAGAAUGAGGAUCUUCAUCAAUGGACACAAAGUGCAAACCAAACGACUCUCUUGUUGCCUCUAUAAGCCCAGGAUGUAUAAAUACACUUCAAAUCGUUUCAAGACCCGUGCAGAACAGGAGGUGAAGAAAGCAGAACAUAUGGCUCGGAUAGCGGAGGAGAAGGCUCGGGAGGCAGAGAGCAAAGCACGUGCCCUGGAACUGUGCCUGGGAGGGGAUCUCACGCGGGAGUCCAGGGUGACUCUACGGCAAGUCCAGAACUCAGCCAUAACUUUGCGUAGAGAGGCUGAUGUCAAGAGGCGAAUCAAGGAGGCAAAGCAGCGGGCACUGAAAGAGCCUAAAGAGUUGAACUUCAUUUUUGGGGUGAAUAUUGAGCAACGGGAUUUGGAUGGCAUGUUUAUCUAUAACUGCAGUCGUCUGAUUAAGAUGUAUGAGAAGGUGGGCCCACAGCUGGAGGGUGGCAUGGCAUGUGGUGGAGUGCUGGGAGUGGUGGAUGUACCCUACUUGGUUUUGGAGCCCACACACAAUAAACAGGACUUUGCUGAUGCAAAGGAGUAUCGACACUUGCUGAAGGCAAUGGGGGAGCACUUGGCACAAUACUGGAAGGAUGUUGCCAUAGCCCAGAGGGGGAUCAUCAAGUUCUGGGAUGAAUUUGGUUAUUUAUCAGCAAACUGGAACCAACCACCAUCUAGUGAUUUACGCUAUAAACGCCGAAGAGCCAUGGAAAUUCCCACUACAAUUCAGUGUGAUCUGUGUCUGAAAUGGCGGACCCUCCCAUUCCAGCUGAGUUCCGUGGAGAAGAAUUACCCUGAUAGUUGGGUGUGCAAUAUGAACCCCGAUCCUGAACAGGAUAGGUGUGAGACUGCAGAGCAGAAGCAAAAGGUACCUCUGGGAACACUGAAGAAGGACUCUAAGUCACAGGAGGAAAAGCAGAAACAGUUGACAGAGAAGAUCCGACAGCAUCAGGAGAAGUUGGAGGCGUUGCAGAAAACUACUCCAGUCCGGUCCCAAGCUGAUCUAAAGAAACUGCCUUUGGAGGUGACCACACGGCCUGUGGUGGAAAACUCACAAUCACUGAACAGACCUCAGCGCCCACGAUCUCCACCUUUACCUGAUGUGAUUAAAAAUGCUCCCAGCAGACCACCAGUGCCACAUCCUCCCCCCAGAUCUGUCAGUCAGCUGAGAAAGGGUCCUGUGGCUCGGCCAGCCAUCAGCACCCCCAGGCUGGCAAGUGUGCUGUCCAGGGAGGAGGCCAGUACUUCUAGAACACAGCAGCAUAUAGUGGCUGUUGGGAAGCCAAACAACGUAACUGUUCGAUCUCCUGCCAAACCUCUCCCAGUGGGGAGGCCAUCGUCUGUGCCUCCACAGAACUCCAGGAGCCAACGUGAGACACCCAGCCCUAAAACUUCCAAGAUGGCAGCAGUGAAGAAACCUGUUUCCCUCAAAGCUUCUCAGCAGGCCUCCAGUGUCCGGAAAAGGGCAUUCAACACUACAGAGGAGGGGUGUGAGGAGGAAGUGGAGCAGAAGAAGGAGAAGACAAAACGAGGCAAGUUUGUGGUGGUAAAAGAAGAGAAGAAGGACUCCAGUGAGGUUGUGGUGGAGCUCACAGACAGUGCAGGGGAAGAGGAGCUAACAGAUCUGAAACAAGUACAGAAAGAUAAAGGGCUGCAUGUGGAGGUGCGUGUAAACAAAGAGUGGUUCACAGGCCGUGUCACAGCUGUAGAGAUGACCAAGCAUGCAGUACGCUGGAAGGUGAAAUUUGAUUAUGUACCUACAGAUGUUACACCAAGAGAUCGCUGGGUAGAGAAAGGCAGUGAGGAUGUACGGUUGAUGAAGCCUCCUUCCCCAGAAUACCAGAGUCCAGACACUCAACAGGAAGAGGAAGAAGUGGUUGCAGCUGAGCCUUCUACCUCAGACUGUGUCCGAAUUGAGCCAGACACCACUGGGCCCAGCAGCAGUCAAGAAACAGUGGAUUUGCUAGUCCAGAUCCUCCGGAAUUGUUUGCGGUACUUCUUGCCUCCAAAUUUUCCCAUCUCCAAGAAGGAGUUAAGUUCCAUGAGUUCAGAAGAGUUGAUGGCAUUUCCUCUGAAAGAAUAUUUCAAACAAUAUGAAGUGGGUCUGCAGAACUUAUGUAAUUCUUAUCAGACUCGUGCUGAUGCUCGGGCUAAAGCGUGCGAAGAAAGCCUACGCAAUUCAGAGGAAAAACUCAAGGAGACAGAAGAGAAGCUCCAGAAGCUGAGAACUAACAUUGUGGCAUUGCUACAGAAAGUGCAGGAGGACAUUGAUAUUAAUACAGAUGAUGAGCUGGAUGCAUAUAUUGAGGAUCUGAUCACCAAAGGAGACUGAGGAGCCCAGAUGCAGCAAUGGGGCAAUAGCAUAGAGGAGUUGGCCCCUGCGAUCUCAGAGACAUGGAUUCCUGCAGUGGAGGGGGGACCAGAGCAGCACAUGAAAGGGGAGGGCUGUUAGACUGUGUAUAUUGACGUGUCGGUGUACAAACUGUUCUUGUGAUUUUAAAUGCAAAAAAAGACAUUUGUGCUGUUGGCGGGAAAGUUUUUAACAUUGUAGUUCUUCAAACCUCUUCCCUUUGUUUAUAAAUAUUUAUUUUUUAAAAGAAACAGGAACUGUACCUGGUACGACAGAA